AUGCUGUUGCUGGGAAUGGGGUUUCAGCUGGAACGGGUCUGAGGGGGCUCAAGCUCUGUGUGGGGGCUGCCGUUGCUGUGCCCUUGAGGGGGGUACGUGUGGUGUAUUAGUGGCACAGAAGGAUGGGAGGGUCCCGCUGGGGGUUUAUGCCACAGAGGGUCUUGGAGAGGGGCACCUGUGGCUCUGAAGUAGUGAGCCUGGGAACAGGAGUCUUGGCUCUGUCCCCUGCUGUAACCACCGUACAAGGCUCCCUCCCCUUUUGCAAAUGCACAGGGGUCCUAGCAUUGCAGUCUUGGGUAGGAUACAAUGCAUGUUUGAGGUGCUGGGCUGGUACUUGGAGACCAGGGACAACAAUUAAAGCAGGAAACUGGGUGCUGGGACUCCUGGUUGCAUUCCCAGUGCCAUCACCAACUCCCUGUGUGACCAGGAAGUCUUGUUUGUACUCACUUUACCUAUCUGGAAAAUAGGGAUAAAGAGACUCAGUAGCCGGGUGGGGUGAGUGAGGCUUAAUUGAUGUAUGUGUGAAGCACUUUGAGUUCUGCUGCUCAGAGGUUCUAAUAUAGAGAUGGGCAGCGUGGAAUCUCCAAAUGCCCAUGUAGAACAGGGGGGCGGACAGCGCCCUGUAAAUUAGGCUUGGGUUUGGUUUAGGUUCUCUCCCCCCCCCCCCCCCCCCCCGUGAAAGAUCAAAAGGUUCUGACUUAAGUUCAAAGUUUGCUGUGCAAAAUCUACUGGAAAUUCCCCUUGUUUGCUUGUCUAUUUAGUAUCUCUUAGCCUAUUCCUCCCCUUACCUUUUUCCCAUCUAAUGAAGGCAGGUGGUUAGAGUUUUGCAGAGGAGUCUCUGACACACAGUGUACCAACGGGAAUUAACAUGACCCUUUUAGGUGUUUGUUUCUCUACUGAGUGGGACAUGAGGGCAACACAGUGAAGACACGCACAUGCAACAAAACAAAUGAAAUAAUCAUUCCCCGUGUUGAUCAUCCCGCAAAUGAGAUCAACAACCUCUACUGCCUGAGGAGUUGGGGAAACAUAUAGCAGCCUCUCUGUGACAGGUCUCUCUGGUGGGUGACUGAUACUUCCUGCUGUCUGGCCACUCCUCCCUCAUGCCGCUCGGACUAGGCCGCCGGAAGAAGGCCCCUCCACUGGUGGAGAAUGAGGAGGCUGAGCCCAUUCGUGGCAGCUUGGGUGGGGUGGAGGUGGGCAGUGGCGGCAGCGUGGCAGCCCUGCAGCCUGGCCUGCCACCGCCUCCUGCCAGCCUCCGCCCUCGACUGGUGUUCCACACUCAGCUGGCCCAUGGCAGCCCCACUGGCAGGAUCGAGGGCUUCACCAAUGUCAAGGAGCUGUACAGCAAAAUUGCAGAGGCUUUCAAGAUCCCGCCAGUUGAGGUGAUGUUCUGCACCUUAAACACCCACAAAGUGGACAUGGACAAGCUGUUGGGUGGCCAGAUCGGUCUGGAGGACUUCAUCUUUGCACACACAAAGGGCCAGAAGAAGGAGGUGGAGGUCUUCAAGUCUGAGGAGGCGCUGGGCCUGACCAUCACUGACAAUGGAGCCGGCUAUGCUUUCAUUAAGAGGAUCAAAGAAGGGAGCGUCAUAGACCGGAUCCAGGUCAUCAAUGUGGGCGACAUGAUUGAGUCCAUCAAUGGGCAGAGCCUCAUUGGCUGCCGGCACUACGAGGUUGCCAAGAUGCUCAAGGACCUGCCCAAAGGCCGCACCUUCACGCUGAAGCUAACAGAGCCCCGGAAGGCAUUCGAUAUGAUCAGCCAGCGGGCCGCAGGGGGCAAGCACAACAGUAGCUCCCAGCUGGGCACUGGCAGAGGGACCCUACGGCUGCGGGCCAAGGGACCGGCCACUGUGGAGGAGCAGCUGUCUGCGUUUGAGGAGAGGGCGAUUGAGAAGGUGGACGACCUGCUGGAGAGCUACAUGGGUAUCCGUGACACGGAGCUGGCUGCCACCAUGGUAGAGCUGGGGAAGGACAAGCGGAACCCCGACGAGUUCGCUGAGGCGCUGGAUGAGCGGCUGGGUGACUUCGCCUUCCCUGACGAGUUCGUCUUUGACGUGUGGGGCGCCAUCGGGGAUGCCAAGGUUGGGCGCUACUAGACUCUGCAGGCCUGGCCUGCUCUGCCCACCCUGGAUCUGCUGUGCCCUUGGGCUAGGCAAGGGAGUGUUCUGCCGCUGCCCUUAUGUGGACUAGGGGGAAGGGGAGACACCA